AAAUAUAUCAUGAGUACAACAGUGAUCUGUAAUUCCAUGGAUGAUGACCAUAAAUGAGCUGUAGUCCCGGAGCGCAUCUACCCAAGCUGAUAUGUCUCUCGAAGAGGUCUUUGGUUUAGACCGUGCUGAAGCGCCUGAUGGCCUUUCAUGUUACAUAGAGGCCCUGCAGCGCUGGCGGGUAUGGCGCAACAACCCUCCUCUCUUCUACUCCACAUGCAUCCAAAGUGCGCUCCAGUGGCCCAGCUUGACCGUCCAGCUCUUCCCUCACCUCCGUCCCUCCUCCGUCCCGGGCCUACUGCGUCACGCCAUCCUGUACGGCGGUACGGCAGCCGAAGACGGCUUCGCCACCAUCUCCCUCGCCUCCGUCGCCAUCGACGACCCCAUUACCACCGCCGCCGCGGCGGCAGCAGGUCGCCCUCCGCUGCCUCCCGACGCCGUUCACCGCCUGUCCGCCCCUCUUCUGGAGGAGGUAUGUGUGCUGCGGCACCAGGGCGAUGUGGACCGGCUAAGGUACUGUCCCGGCAGGCCAGCGCUGGUGGCGGUCAAGUGCUCGGGGGAGCGGCUGAGCCUGUACGACAUAGGGCCCAGGCUGGGGCUGCUGGACGGUGGUCUGGGAGGUGAGGGAGGUGGCAGGCAGCAGCAGGUGCAGGAAGGGGAUGGGAGGGAACGGGAAGGCGGCGAAGGGAUGGAUGUGGACGGGGACGGUGGCGGCAGCGGUCCAACGAUGCGGAAGGGAGCCGGGUCCUCUGCAGCAGGAGCAGGGGCAGCAGCAGCAGCAGGAGAGGAUGAUGGGCAAGGUGGUGAGGAGGUGCCCUUGGAGCCGGUCAGCGUCCUCAGCUCCGAGCAGCAGGAUGGGGUGUCACUUGCGUGGGGCAGCAGCAGCAGCGGCGGCGGCAGCGGAGGGCCGAGGCUCUACAGCGGCUUGCGCUGCGGCGCCGUGGCCGAGUAUGCCGUACGGGAGGACGGCAGCCUGGCGGAGGUGGCUGUACGGCAGGGGGGCCAUGACGGCGACGCUGACGUCGUGGACCUGGCGUGGGGUUCGGAGGUGCCUUGGGAGGGAAACGUGACGGAGGCGGGGGGGACUGCGGCUGCGGCUACCGCCGCCGGCGACGUGAUGGCGCCGCCAGGGCUGCUCGCCUCCGUCGGAACGGACGGUCGUACACUGCUUUGGGAUCCGCGGCAGUUGCGAGUGGCGCUGCAUGCGCCGAGGUGCCGACAGGAUGUCAACGGCGUCGCGUUCUCGCCUCCAGGGUCGGGUGGCGGCGGCGGCAGCAGUGCCGUACCACAGCUAGCAAAUGCCGGCAAUGAUGGCGUUAUUCGUGUGUACGACAUUCGCUACCUACACGGUGGUCGUACAGGCGGCGAUGGAGGAGGAGGAGGAGGAGGAGGGAGUGCAGCAUCCACAUCGACCGCCGCUGCCGCCUCCCAUGGGCUUGCGUUACAUCGGCUCAAGGGGCACAACUGCCCCGUACGGCAGCUGUCGUACGGUCCGCAUUCCGGCGGCUUGCUGGCGUCAGCAGACGAGCAGGGCCGGGUGCUGCUGUGGGAAUUGGGCUGUCGUACGGCACUACAAGGACAACAGGACGGCAGGGGCCUCCUGACGACACGACCAGAGCUACUGUUCGUACAUGCCGGCCACGUGCUUUCCGUGGACGACUUCAGCUGGAGUACGGAGCUGUACGGCACUUUGGCCUCGGUUUCGGGGUUUCUGGAUCCAGAGGUGGUUGAGAAGGUACGGCAGCACCCCCGGGGCGGUGCGGAGCUGGAGGGGCAGCCGCCGGCGGUGCAGGUGUGGCGGCCGGCAGCGGACAUGCUACCACCUCCGCCCUCAUGUUCGCCCUCAUGGAGGUCACCGCUACUGGCGCGGUCGUGACACCCCUUGUAGUCACACCCCAUUGGCUCCUGUGGAGCUGUUGGUGGGGGUGGUCGCAGCCAUGCGUGGUGGUUAGGACGGGUCGGGUAGGGGCGCGGAAAUGCGUUGAGCGGUCGUCCUGAGCGGCAGGGUUGAUGGCAUGGCUUGCUUCCUCUCUUUGUCAUGCCGAACGGUUGGACCUUGCGAGAAGCACCGAGCACGAGGGCACCUCUUGUGCGGCGUGCUGCUGAUUUUGUGGGAUGGAAGGGCGCGUGAGCCUGGGAGGUGUUACGGGACCCGCCCAAUAAAAGGACAGUGUUGAUGUUACAAAGAGGGGCAAGUUCCAUGCCAUUCGCGGCUGUAGUGCAUGUGUUAUCGGGUCCAAAUGUCCGCGCCCCCAGCGUGUUGCUGUUGCUCCUGACAGGCCUGGGCAGCAACACAGCGGUGGAUACACCAAUAGCAACAGCAGCCAUAGAAAUAUAUAGCGGCAACGGCAGUUGUGUUGCUGUUGCUCCUGAAUGAUUGCGGCUCCCGAGGUGCGGAAGGCAAUACACGCGUACUCUCUAAAGCCAUGGUACUUAGACAUGGUGUAUAAUAGUCAUGCUCUUGUCUCUC